GUGUGUGUGUGUGUGCACUCGUUUCCAUGUUUUGCGGGGACAUAAAAUUGGAAACACAGUCACGUCUUGGGGACCAUUUUUCUUAUGGGGACAAAAAAGCAGGUCCCCAUAAAAAUAACGUAUAAAAAGCAUCAGAGGGCUGCCCUGAAUGUGCCUGUGAAGUUUUUAGCAAAAACCCACAAGUCACCAUUUUUACUGAUUGUGUGUGUGUACACGGUGCUCAGCAGCCCACCACAUGGUUAUUCGGUGCUAUUGCACUCACUCCUCCACACACACAAUUUGCAUAUGCCGCGCCCAUUUGUCCCCUAAUGGAAGGAUUUUUACAAGUGGGAGGGGGUCAUCAUUCAAUUAGUGAUCAUCAGAAGAAGCCUGCAAAGCUCGAAGAUGGCAGCAAAAGAAGCAAAAGUAAAAUGCAAGUUUGAAAUCCCACAAAGAGUCAGCCCCCUUCAGGACGCCAUUCGUCACAUUUCAUUAAGGACCAACAAAACAGGCAAAUUGUGUGCGAGGUACAUAAAUGCAGUCAAAGGAUGUGAAAUAUUUGCAAAGAGUACAAUCGGCAGAGGACAAUUUGUUGCUGAAUAUCGGGGAUAUAUGAUAAAUGAUGCAGAAUACUAGAGCAGAAGAUGAGUUUACCACCAAUCAUGUGCUGCAUUUAUGUUUGCAUUCAAGUGGAGAGGGAAAACAUGGUGCAAUGAUGCUUCACAAGAAGAUGAGUCAUUUGGGCGACCAGUGAAUGAUGAACACAGGAGGCCAAAUUGCCAGAUGAAAAGGAUUGAUGUGGAUGGUGUGCCACACCUAUGUUUGUUUGCUUUCAAUGACAUUCAAGAGGGAGAAGAAAUGACCGAUGAUUAUGGUGGCGAAGACUGCCCAUGGAGAACACAAAUGACCAGCCUUUACAGUCACAGAUGUGGCUCCUCAACCCUCUGUACUGCCUCAGAGUCAGAUGCAACAUACACCAGAUGACCAAGACAAUACCCAAUGAGACUACUUUAAGAGAAAACUGUUGCGAUACUGCUGGUCCAAGCAACAUACACCAGAUGACCAAGACAAUACCCAAUGAGACUACUUUAAGAGAAAACUGUUGCGAUAAUGCUGGUCCAAGCAACAUACACCAGAUGACCAAGACAAUACCCAAUGAGACUACUUUACAAGAAAACUGUUGCGAUACUGCUGGUCCAGGCAACAUUCACCAGAUGACCAAGACAAUACCCAAUGAGACUACUUUAAGAGAAAACUGUUGCAAUACUGCUGGUCCAAGCAACAUACACCAGAUGACCAAGACAAUACCCAAUGAGACUACUUUACAAGAAAACUGUUGCGGUACUGCUGGUCCAGGCAACAUACACCAGAUGACCAAGACAAUACCCAAUGAGACUACUUUACAAGAAAACUGUUGCGAUACUGCUGGUCCAGGCAACAUACACCAGAUGACCAAGACAAUACCCAAUGAGACUACUUUACAAGAAAACUGUUGCGAUACUGCUGGUCCAGGCAACAUUCACCAGAUGACUAAGACAACACCCAAAGAGGCGACUUUACUUGAACCCUGUUGUGAUACUGCUGGUCCAAGCAAAAUACAUCAGAUGACCAAGACAACACCCAAAGAGGCGACUUUACUUGAACCCUGUUGUGAUACUGCUGGUCCAAGCAAAAAAAAAAAAAAAAGCUCUGUCAUCCAAGCAUGGCUCAGAGUCAAGCCGCUGCUCCUCCGCAUUGAGAAGAGCCAGAGGAAGUGGCUCAGCCAUCUGUUUAGGAUGCCACCGGGACGCCUCCAUGAAAAGGUGUUUCGGGUAUGUCCCACUGAUCAGAGUCCCCUGAAGAUGACCCAGGACAAGCUGAAAAGUCUGUCUCUCAGCUGGCUUGGGAAUGCCUCAGGAUCACCAGCAAGAGCUGGAGUUGUUUGGGAGGGUGAAGUCUGAACUUCCCUGCUUUAGUUGCUGCCCCCGUGACCCGACAUUGGAUAAACGGAAGAGAAUGAAUGAAUGGAACACUGAGAUACAUUUA